AGUCCUUCGAUGGCUCCAUUAUCUCCAGACAAAAGAAACAGUCUUAGUGGGUUCUGACGUUGGAGUAACCCCCUGUUCACACCUUCCGAGACCCAGCCAGACCAGCCGUUCGGGAGCUUGACGGCGGGGCCCCUCCGUCGUCUUCACUGCCAAGACCAUCCCGACCCAUCCAUUUUCCCCAGUCGCGUCCACCUGCAUAGUACGAUGCACUAGACGUCUGCAACUCUCAUACCAUACUCUGCUUGCGUUGAUGAGUAUCUCAUUUUACCCUACUGCCAGCAAGGCGCCGGAGCGAUGUCCCUUUCCAGCAGCAUCCUUCGGUCGCCGUCCCAUAUCCUAAACUCGACAUCGAGCUCAAAAGUCGCCGCCCGAGUGUCGACUCUACCAUAUUUCGCCUCGACCGGUCCUUCCUUAACCUCAAAUCCUGUAGCUUCCGUCUCAAAGACACUUACAAGAACAUUGCCAGCAGUCAUAGCAUCACAGCCAACGCCGCAAGAUCUUGCCCCGAUAUGGUUCAACUCGACGCCUCCGCGGCUCAAUCUCCCUUCUGAUCUUGAGCCAAAAGGGCCCGACAAUGAGCGCAAGAUCAAGCUAGGAAAGACUUUGCGUAUACUACAGAAGCGCCUACCGACCGUUCUGCAGACGCCUCUACCACAAGAAAUCUUGUCGCCCAGCAUAUCGCUCCAUCUCUUUCCCUCCACACACCCAUACCUGCCCACUGUUUCCGGUCGCGUAGGAUAUACUGCCGCAUUAUGGACCUCGCCAAUAGCAUGGAAUCGAGUACCCAUUAUAGGUAACCUGAAGAUUGAGAUCCUGUCCGAGCGCAUGACAACGCAGCCCCUACACUUCUCGCCACAAAGAGCAGGCGCAUACCCAGAACAACUCGUAGUCAAAUGGCGGACAGUGGGAAAGUCAAAGGAGAACCCAAGCUUGACUGAGCAAGGCGAACAGAAACUUGAUGAGUCUCUACGCGGCACCCAAAGCAAAGGCGCCAACAAAGAGUUCACCGGGCUAUUCAUCUUCGAGUUUGAUAAAGAGGGCAAGAUCAUCAGUCAUACAAUUGAACACGUCGACCAAAGCGGAGCAUGGGAGAAAGGGGUCGGAGCCAAGGUCGUCCACCUCACAGACUGGCUCUUGGGAGAGCUGAGGGGACGACAGCCACAAGGUUGUCCAUUGUUUCAAUCAACCAACGAUGACAGGAAAGGACAUAGAUAGAAACUAUGAGACGAUGGAUCCACGGCGUUUUGAGGUUCUGGCAAAUCUUGAUUUCGCUUGUAUAAGAGGGUUUGCGGUGUACAUAUUAGAGCGUGGCUGUGCCAUAACAGCACAGCAUACUAGAACGAGCUUCUCGCCACUCCGUCUCAGACAAUAUUGUAUAUUAUUAAUUGCACAAAUUUGUUUUCGUCGAACAAGACACUUC